CAAUUCCACCUCGGAGGCCUGUACCCUCACAUUUUCCUCUGCAGCCUUAACCGUUUCUCUGCAAAGCAAAUCUCUCAUCUCUUUCUCGCAGGGCUUUCCGUCACUUUCCUCAGAAAAUGAAAUAAAGGAAAAUUCCCGAAUACAAACAAAAUGAAACCGACAGCCCCAGUUAGCAGUACUACAACAACAGCCACGGCAUCAUCGUCAACGACGAUAGCUGAUAUCCUUAAAACCCCGAAGUUCGUUAAGUUUACAGCGAUUGCCCUCCUCUCUGUUUCCCUCGUUUUUCUUGCCACUCACUUCUCCUCCUCCUCCUCUCCUCUCUCUUCUUUCUCCUUCAAGUACUCCUCACUACCGCCGCCAAUUUCGCCUCCGCUUUCACCCCCUCCAAUUCCAUCACCACCACCACCUCCUCCUCCUCCGCCUCCGCCUCCGCCUCCCCCAGCGGUUCGGAGGACGGGUAUAAUCGACGAAUCGGGGGCAAUGUCGGAUGAAUUCUUUAUCGGGGAGCUAGACUCGAACUCCACGAAUGCUUUUACAGAGUUGAGUGACGGCAACGACGAAGGAGGAGAGGAGGAAGAGGAGAGGAAGAAGAGUAAUGGUGAAGUUAGGACUAGGGUAGAUAAAUAUAAGGUGUGCGAGGCGAGUAAAGUUGAUUAUAUACCGUGUUUAGAUAAUGAGGAAGCGAUUAAGCUGUUUAAUGAGAGUGAAAAAGGGCAAAAAUACGAGAGGCAUUGUCCUGGAAAAGAUAAAAUGUUGGAUUGUGUGGUUCCGAGGCCGGAAGGGUACCGGAGUCCUAUACCGUGGCCUCAGAGUCGUGAUGAGGUUUGGUUCAGCAAUGUGCCGCAUACUCGUCUGGUUCAAGAUAAAGGUGGGCAAAAUUGGAUAUCGAUAAAAAAAGAUAAGUUCAUUUUUCCAGGAGGUGGAACACAGUUUAUACAUGGUGCAGAUCAAUACUUGAAUCAGAUUUCACAGAUGGUUCCUGAAAUUUCUUUUGGCCACCGUAUCCGUGUUGCAUUAGAUAUUGGUUGUGGUGUUGCCAGUUUUGGAGCCUUUCUUCUACAACGCAAUGUCACCACUCUAUCAAUAGCACCAAAAGAUGUUCAUGAGAACCAAAUUCAAUUUGCACUAGAGCGCGGAGUGCCUGCCAUGGUUGCGGUAUUCGCUACGCAUCGCUUGUUAUAUCCAAGUCAGGCUUUUGACUUGAUACAUUGUUCAAGAUGUAGAAUCAAUUGGACUAGCGAUGAUGGAAUUUUGCUUCUUGAGGCCAACAGGAUGCUAAGGGCUGGAGGAUAUUUUGUCUGGGCUGCGCAGCCUGUAUAUAAACAUGAAGAGAUUCUACAAGAGCAAUGGAAAGAAAUGGAGGAUCUUACUACUCGCAUUUGUUGGGAACUUGUCAAAAAGGAUGGAUAUAUUGCCAUAUGGCGGAAGCCUUUAAACAAUAGCUGCUAUCUUAAUCGUGAUACAGGAGUGCUACCUCCCCUUUGUGAUCCCAAUGAUAAUUCAGACAAUGUUUGGUAUGUUGAUUUGAAGGCCUGCAUCACUCAAUUGCCAGAUAAUGGUUUUGGUUCUAAUGUUAGCACAUGGCCUGCACGUCUUCAUUAUCCACCUGACAGGCUCCAAAGCAUAGAAAUGGAUGCCUACAUAUCCAGAAAGGAAAUCUUUAGAGCAGAGUCAAAGUAUUGGAAUGAAAUAAUAGACAGUUAUGUACGUGCGUUUCGCUGGAAAGAUAUGAAACUACGUAAUGUGAUGGACAUGAGAGCUGGACUUGGAGGGUUUGCAGCAGCAUUACAUGAUCUGCAGAUUGAUUGCUGGGUUAUGAAUGUUGUUCCUGUUAGUGGAUUCAACACCUUGCCCAUUAUUUAUGAUCGGGGGCUUAUGGGAGUUAUGCAUGACUGGUGUGAGCCAUUUGAUACUUAUCCGAGAACAUAUGACCUAUUGCAUGCAGCAGGUCUUUUCCCUGUUGAGCAGAAGAGGUGUAAUAUCUCAACCAUCAUGCUUGAGAUGGACCGGAUGCUGAGACCUGGUGGACGCGUAUAUAUACGGGAUUCAGUAUCUGUUAUGGGUGAACUUCAGGAAAUAGCAACUGCAUUGGGAUGGGUGCAUGCACUACACGAUACAGGUGAAGGUCCACAUGCAAGCUGGAAAAUUUUAAUCUCUGAGAAACGUAUGUGAUGGGAUUGUUGGAUGAAAAUCACUGAAACCAUGCUUUACCAGCUAUCUUGCCCCCAUUUUGGAUAUACAAAGUCUAACUUAGGAAUAAGCUGCCAAUCUAUAAAGAGAAAAAAAAAAAAAAAAAAGACAGACGCUCAUUAUUCUAUAUAAUUUAGUGUAAUCUAUUGAUUUACGAUAGUACCUAACAUGUCAAUAGGAUAGGCCACGGGUCAAUAUGCUGUAUUUGGUUAAACCUAUGGUACAUUUUUUUUCCCUUUGGCAAUUUGUACAUUAGCAAUUUGCCAUGAGUAAAUUUUCUUGCUGCAA